AUGGCAAACACUGGCCGCUGGGCAGGGAUACGCCGUGCAAAGCAGCGGAAAAAAGUUGCACCUACCACAUCCAAACUAUACGCACAGAUCCUGGCAAACGAAGCGCUCGAGACCAAGAUCCAGAAUGAGACAUCGCCUUAUCCGCCGACAUACACGGAGCAUGUAUCUCGACGGAAUGUAUGCACGAGUGCCAUGUAUGGCCACGAAAUACCGAAACUACGUACCAUAUGCCUGACCAUUGCUGCAAAGCACUUUUCCUCGCACAUUCUUCCUUCCCCCGUCGAUGGAGCUCACGAGCGACGAAAAAGCAGCGCGCCGCAAAAGCGGCGCCGCGGCGACGAGGACUAUUUGCCGGAUGCGGAAGAAGUGCACUUGCCUCUGAAAAAAACAGACGCACUGCAGUGGACGCGAGAGGAGGCUCUGUGGUGGAACGAGACCAACAACCAGCUCUUGAAACAGCUCCCCCCUCAGCUCGCAGAUGCUUUAUUGGACCAGUUGUGUCUGCACGCGCCGUGGUCACUGACCAAGGAUGUGUUAUCUGCUUUUUUCUUGCCGUACGCAAUGCCGCACAGCACGAAAAGUUACGGGUCACUGCCAGCGGGAUCGCGUAUCCGCCCGCGGCUUUUUUUCCCGGCAUCUUUGCCUCUGUUUUCGCAGGACCCAAAGACGGCGUCGCUGCUGUUAUCCGUGCUCGCAGGCGCGCUUGCAUUAUCACCAAGUGCUGUGCGGCUCGCGCAAAGCAUCUAUGCACUGGAUCUACAUGGCCUUACUCGGCUUCAGAGCGCAUCUCUGACUCGCCUGCUGCGCGCGCCGCCGAAUGCCGGAGUCGGUGCGUGGAAUUUGCGGCGCGUCACGCUGCCGGGAUGCGCCGCUGUGGGCGACGCAGUUGUGGACACCAUUAUUGCAGUGUGUGGCUCGAGUUUGGAGGAGCUUGACAUGACGAUGACUUCUGUAUCGGCCCGCAUUGAUUUUAACGAGGACACCUUUUCGGCCGCGGUAAGCGCCGCUGUGGAUGCUUCGUUGCACACACUCGACGUGGCGCAUACCGCGGUCGGCGAUAUCGCUAUUGGAGGAAUACUGCGGCAUAUUGGGCCGCAACUGCAAACCUUGCAUGUCGGGCACACGCUAGUCGGCGCGAAUGUCGCAUUGGAAGCGCUGCUUUCGCGGCUGCUUGUGCCAAAGGAUGGCUACAUGCCAUCGGCCUUGACAAAGCUAGACUUGGCAGAUAUGGUCGAGUACGCGCGACGGCACCAAUCUUCCUUGCAAGGCCGUACUGGAAUUUCAGGGAACACGCUGUACGCGAUAAGUCGUAUGGUAGCCGAUGCUGCCAAUGCGCGGGGGAAGCCUUUGGAGCGAGUCAAGAUGCGAGGCGAUAAACGCGCUGCCUUUUCCGCUAGUCACUGGCGCCUGCCCACCAUGCAUGGCGUGCCAUACACGCUGGGCGAUGCUAUGUAUAUGCUGACGGGAAGUGUCACUUCGCUCGAUGUGGGUGGUCUAGCGUUACCGGCGCAGGAUUUGGAGCGUUCGUGUACAGAGACGAUGAUAUUUCCAUCCUACGCAUGCUUAGAAGAACUUUCCCUCGUAUCUACAGCGCUACGCGACGAAGCGCUUCAAACGCUCGUGCCCUGGACCGGCAAGUUACAGAAACUCUUUUUGGACGAAACGCAAAUCACUUUGCGUGCACGACGUGGCUACUUUGACGACUGGGCCGUGCGCACGCGAGGAACCUAG